AUGACCGAGGAUCACUGAGAGAGAGAGCAAGAGAGCAAGAGAGAAGAGAGAUGAAGAGAGGAGAGAGAGAGAGAGAGAUGAGAAGAGAUGAGAAGAGAGAGAGAGAGAGGGCAGGGUCAUUGCUGCAGCAUGUGCCGCCCUGCUGGAAGAACAAAGGAGUCAUUUUCCCCUUCAUCAUCAGUGUGUGUUAAGGUUGUUAGUUUGGCUAGCUGGCCAAUGCCUAGUGUUCUCUCUGCUCUGCAGUGUGUGCAGUAGUGCACUGGUGCAAAUUGAACGUGUUCCCCUGUGGGUAUUACAAGGCCCAACGUCCUGCUACCUGUGAAGAUGAUGAGGUAUGCUUUGGUGUUUUUGUUGUAAAUCUUUUUUUGCCCAGAGACCGGCCCUAUAGCCUUGAGAGAGAGAGAGAGAGAGAGAGAGAGAGAGAGAGAGAGAGAGAGAGAGAGAGAGAGAGAGAGAGAGAGAGAGAGAGGGAGGGAGGCAGAUGUUACACCACCCUGAAGUGCAACCAAGCAAUUUUUUCAAGAACGCUACCUGUCUCUACUUCAUAGUCUGUAUGUAGCCUACUCUAUGGAGCACAUUGGUUCAGGUCUAGCGCUAGUGUGGAGGCUACACACAGACUAUCCAAUACGAUAAAACACACACACACACACACACACACACACACACACACACACACACACACACACUCAACCCUGUCUCAGCUGUCACACAGUAAGCAUUGCAGCAGCCAGAACUAAAAGAGGAGGAUGAGAGAGGGAGGAGAGAGGAGAGAGUAGUAGCAUAAAGUACUAAUCCAGCCUUCUCCUUCAAGCAGACACAUUUCUCCCAGCACAGUCUGAUCUCCCAGCUUAGUUUGUGUGUGUGUGUGUGUGUGUGUGUGUGUGUGUGUGUGUGUGUGUGUGUGUGUGAUGAGAAUGAUGAUGGUAAAGUCAUUACAUUACGCAACCCCAACCCAAACCUAAACCACCACAUCACUUCCAGAUGAUUAGCAUGGUUAGCCUGCUGCGGCUAAUUACACAAGAGGAAGACUCAGUGAAACUACAAGAGUUGUUUUGAAGAGCGCUGGAGGAGAGAGAGCACAAACAGGACAAAUGAUUUAUAAUGGCAAGCAAUCGAUAAAAAAACUAAUCUGUCUAUAAACACAUUUAUACGUCUAUAAAUCUGUAUUAGUCUGUUUGUAGCGCCGUCUAAACCAUCCUUCCAUCUGUCCAUCCCUCAGUCCCACACUGUGUCUGUCUCGGUCUGUCUGUCUGUCCAGUUGGCUUGCUCUCUCUCCUUUCUCUCUCUUGUAAUAUGGGACCCCUCCGUCCUGCAGUCUCUCUCUCUCGCCAUAGCAGUGGAAGGCCCAUGGCUGUUGUGUCAAUGCAGCUCAGUUCAUCUCCACACUGUACAGUCGUGGUCAAAAGUUUUGAGAAUGACACAAAUAAAAAAUUUCACUAAGUCUGCUGCCUCAGUUUUUAUGAUGGCAAUUUGCAUAUACUCCAGAAUGUUAUGAAGAGUCAUCAGAUGAAUUGCAAUUAAUUAAAAGUCCCUAUUUGUCAUGAACAUGAACUUAAUCCCCAAAAAACAUUUCCACUGCAUUUCAGCCCUGCCACAAAAGGACCAGCUGACAUCAUGUCAGUGAUUCUCUCGUUAACACAGGUGAGAGUGUUGACGAGGACACGGCUGGAGAUCACUCUGUCAUGCUGAUUGAGUUAGAAUAACAGACUGGAAGCUUUAAAAGGAGGGUGGUGCUUGAAAUCAUUGUUCUUCCUCUGUUAACCAUGGUUACCUGCAAGGAAACACGUGCCGUCAUCAUUGCUUUGCACAAAAAGGGCUUCACAGGCAAGGAUAUUGCUGCUAGUAAGAUUGCACCUAAAUCAAACAUUUAUCGGAUCAUCAAGAACUUCAAGGAGAGAGGUUCAAUUGUUGUGAAGAAGGCUUCAGGGUGCCCAAAAAAGUCCAGCAAGCACCAGGACCGUCUCCUAAAGUUGAUUCAGCUGCGGGAUCGGGUCACCACCAGUGCAGAGCUUGCUCAGGAAUGGCAACAGUCAGGUGUGAGUGCAUCUGCACGCACAGUGAGGCAAAGACUUUUGGAGGAUGGCCUGGUGUCAAGAAGGGCAGCGAGGAAGCCACUUCUCUCCAGGAAAAACAUCAGGGACAGACUGAUAUUCUGCAAAAGGUACAGGGAUUGGACUGCUGAGGACUGGGGUAAAGUCAUUUUCUCUGAUGAAUCCCCUUUCCGAUUGUUUGGGGCAUCUGGAAAAAAGCUUGUCCGGUGAAGACAAGAUGAGCGCUACCAUCAGUCCUGUGUCAUGCCAACAGUAAAGCAUCCUGAGACCAUUCAUGAGUGGGGUUGCUUCUCAGCCAAGGGAGUGGGCUUACUCACAAUUUUGCCUAAGAACACAGCCAUGAAUAAAGAAUGGUACCAACACAUCCUCCGAGAGCAACUUCUCCCAACCAUCCAAUAACAGUUUGUUGACGAACAAUGCCUUUUCCAGCAUGAUGGAGCACCUUGCCAUAAGGCAAAAGCGAUAACUAAGUGGCUCGGGGAACAAAACAUCGACAUGUUGGGUCCAUGGCCAGGAAACUCCCCAGACUUUAAUCCCAUUGAGAACUUGUGAUCAAUCCUCAAGAGGCGGGUGGACAAACAAAAACCCACAAAUUCUGACAAACUCCAAGCAUUGAUUAUGCAAGAAUGGGCUGCCAUCAGUCAGGAUGAGGCCCAGAAGUUAAUUGACAGCAUGCCAGGGCGGAUUGCAGAGGUCUUGAAAAAGAAGGGUCAACACUGCAAAUAUUGACUCUUUGCAUAAACUUAAUGUAAUUGUCAAUAAAAGCCUUUGACACUUAUGGAAUGCUUGUAAUUAUACUUCAGUAUACCAUAGUAACAUCUGACAAAAAUAUCUAAAAACUCUGAAACACUGAAGCAGCAUGCCCCCUGACCUUAACCUUCAUAUACAGUGUGACAACAGUGAGGUCACCAUAGGUCACCAUCCCACAGACCACACCCCUGGCCUCUAGAAUGUAAACAUGGAGAAGAGGGACCUGUUUUUAGCCGAUUGGGGGCUGACUGGAAACUUACUGUAAUAACAAAGGUGAGGAUAACGGUCUAUGGUUGGACAUGAGAAAAUGAACACAUGGCUAACACAUUAGCAUCCGGUACAGAGGGGUAAACAUCUUUGUUUUUGCGCAGAGAAAAUAUGGUUGUGUCCCAAAGGGCACAUAGGGCUCUGGUCAAAAGUAGUGCACUUUAAAGGGAAUAGGGUGCCAUUUGGGAUACAGUUAUUUCAGAGAUUACCUGAGAUGUAAUCUGAAAGGCCCAGAGAAGGGCCUUGUGAUAGCGUGCAGAGCAGUGGAACGGAUCCCAAAGAGAGAGGAGUUUCAGCUCAAUCCAACUAACCAAACACAGACCAACACAUGAAUAAGAGUGAUGAGAGUCAAUUACAUUCUGAGGACAAUGACCAUAGUGUUCCUGCAUCAUUACUCCUCUUGUUCGCUGUGUGAAGACACACACAUGGGCGUACACACACACACACACACACACACACACACACACACACACACACAUCACCCUUGAGACUGCAGGGUCUUGCCGGAGGCCUGAAGGUCUUGUGGACCAGAGAAGGAGCCCCUACCUCUGCCUCAGCAGCAGUAGCAGUGUGUGUGUGUGUGUGUGUGUGUAUGUGUGUGGACUGCGGAGUGGAGUGUAUUUUUAGCCCCUCUGCAGCGGCAGAGAACAACUAUUCCCCCGAGGGCGCUGUGAGCUCCAGUAAUCUCUCCAUGAGGGGGUCUGAAGGAGCGAGGGAGAGGGGUUGAAGAGGAAGAGGAAGAGAGAACAUAUACAGUGGAUAUAAAAAGUCUACACACAGCUGCUAAAAUGCCAGGUUUUUGUGAUGUAAAAGAAUGAGACAAAGAUAAAUCAUGUCAGAACUUUUUCCACCUUUAAUGUGACCUAUAAUGUGAACAAUUCAAUUGAAAAACAAACUUAAAUCUUUGAGGGGGGAAAAUAUAAAUAAAAGAAACUCACAAUAACCUGGUUGCAUAAGUGUGAACACCCUUAAACUAAUACUUUGUUGAAGCACCUUUUGAUUUUAUUACAGCACUCAGUCUUUUUGGGUAGGAGUCUAUUAGCAUGGCACAUCUUGACGUGGCAAUAUUUGCCCACUCUUCUUUGCAAAAGCGCUCCAAAUCUGUCAGAUUGUGAGGACAUAUCCUGUGCACAGCCCUCUUCAGAUCACCCCAGAGAUGUUCAAUUCGAUUCAGGUCUGGGCUCUGGCUGGGCCAUUCCAAAACGUUAAUCUUCUUCUGGUGAAGCCAUGCUUUUGUGGAUUUGGAUGUGUGCUUUGGGUCGUUGUCGUGCUGAAAGGUGAACUUCAUCUUCAGCUUUCUAACGGACGCCUGAAGGUUUUGUGCCAAAAUUGCCUGGUAUUUGGAACUGUUCAUAAUUCCCUCCACCCUAACUAAGGCCCCGGUUCCAGCUGAAGAAAAACAGCCCCAAAGCAUAUUGCUGCCACCACCAUGCUUCACUGUGGGUAUGGUGUUCUUUGGGUGAUGUGCAGUGUUGUUUUUGCGCCAAACACACCUUUUGGAACCAUAACCAUAACACAUUUUACCAUGUGCUUUUGGGGGACUUUAUGUUUGUUUUUGCAAACUUCAGCCGGGCUUGGAUGUUUUUCUUUGUAAGAAAAGGCUUCCGUCUUGCCACCCUACCCCAUAGCCCAUUCAUAUGAAGAAUACGGGAGAUUGUUGUCACAUGUAGCACACAGCCAGUACUUUCCAGAAAUUCCUGCAGUUCCUUUAAUGUUGCUGUAGGCCUCUUGGAAGCCUCCCUGACCAGUUUUCUUCUCGUCUUUUCAUACAUUUUGGAGGGACGUCCAGUUCUUGGUAAUGUCUCUGUUGUGCCAUAUUUUCUCCACUUGAUGAUGACUGUCUUCACUGUGUUCCAUGGUAUAUGUAAUGCUUUGGAAAUUAUUUUGUACCCUUCUCCUGACUGAUAUCUUUCAACAAUGAGAUCCCUCUGAUGCCUUGGAAGUUCUCUCCGGACCAUGGCUUUUGCUCUGAGAUGCAACUAAGAAAAUGUCAGGAAAAUCCUACUAGAGCAGCUGAACUUUAUUUGUGAUUAAUCAGAGUCACUUUAAAUGAUGGCAGGUGUGUAAUGACUUCUAUUUAACAUGAGUUUGAAUGUGAUUGGUUAAUUCUGAACACAGCCACAUCCCCAGUUAUAACUUAUGCAACCAGGUUAUUGUAAGGUUUUUAUUUUUCAUUUUUCCCCCUCAAAGAUUUCAGUUUGUUUUUCAAUUGAAUUGUUCACAUUAUAGGUCACAUUAACAGUGGAAAAAGUUCUGACAUGAUUUAUCAUUGUCUCAUUCUUUUACAUCACAAAAACCUGGCAUUUUAACAGGGGUGUGUAGACUUUUUAUAUCCACUGUAUUUAAAAUCUAAACAAAUGGAUGGAAUCUUUAACAGCUACUACGGAAACCUGGGGCCAGAUGCCUCACACUCUGCCUAUAACGGGAGGUGUGUCUGUGUGUGUGCAAUGUAUCCUCUGGUUUAUUAAGCCAUUGAACAUAGGGCUGUUGUUCCGUUCCACUGCAGUAGUGUUCACACGGCUGCUCUGCUGGAACAAACAGAGGCACUCUGUCUUCUCUCUUUCCACACACACACGUGUCACAGUCUCACACACACACACACACGCACAGUACCUACUAUAUCCAGGAAGAACAUACAGUACAGUAGAAGCUCUAUCUAGUCUGAGCUAGGGACGCUCCAUUUUCAUCCACAACCAGUUCAAAUGCCCAUCCUUGCAGAGAGAGCUGGGGAUGGGGUGUAGGGGGAUUGGGGUGUAGGGGUCUCCCCCUGAGAGAGUGACUGAUGUGAUUCUUCAAAUAAUCUGUUUAGCAGCCUCCUGCCCACGCCACACACUCCACUUCAUUGCCUGAACACCCAGCAAGCACACACUGUGUGUGUGGGUUUGUGGGUAUGUGUGUGUGUGUGUGUGGUGUGUGUGCCUCAGUGUCACACAGAAACUCAUAUACUGUAUACUGUACACUGAGUGUACAAAACAUUAAGAACACCUUCCUAAUAUUGAGUUGCACCUCCUUUUGACCUCAGAAAAGCUUCAAUUCGUCAGGGCAUGGACUCUACAAGGUGUCGAAAACGUUCCACAGGGAUGCUGGCCCAUGUUGACUCCAAUGCUUCCCACAGUUGUGCCAAGUUGGCUGGAUGUCCUUUGGGUGGUGGACCAUUCUUUUUACACAUGGGACACUGUUGAGUGUGAAAAACGCAGCAGCGUUUCAGUUCUUGACACAAACCGGUACGCCUGGCACCUACUACCAUACCCUGUUCAAAGGCACUUCAAUCUUUUGUCUUGCCCAUUCACCCUCUGAAUGGCACACAUACACAAUCCAUGUCUCAAGGCUUAAAAAUACUUAUUUUAACUAGUCUCCUCCCCUUCAUCUACACUGAUUGAAGUGGAUUUGACAGGUGACAUCAAUAAGGGAUCAUAGCUUUUACCUAGAUUCACCUGGUCAGUCUAUGUCAAUGAAAGAGCAGGGGUUCUUAAUGUUUUGUAUACUCAGUGUAUAGCUCUAGACUAUAGGCAUGGGACAGGGAGAAAGGGGAUAGGGAGAGGAGAGAGAGAGGAGGGGGAGAGGAGAGAGAGAGGAGGAGGAGAGAGAGGAGGGGGAGAGGGGAAAGAAGGGGGUUUAUGGGGGUCGUCCUGAAACAAGACAGUCAUCCUUAAGUCUGUCAGCAUGUCCAUUCCCAUACUUACACAUGACACUUCUAUAGCCUCUGGAGACAUUGAGAGAGCUAGAGGGGGAGCUAGUGGACUCACAACAGACAGCCAUUCUCUCCCUUAGUAAAAUACCUUCCCAGACACACACUGUAGAGAGUAAACUAAGCAGACCCUGACUAACCAGACACAUCAUCAAGGCUAAUGUAACAUGGUUCCCUGCCAUGCACAGACAGAGAAAAACAAUGUGAAAAGAGGCCAUGACCGAGAUUCCAACCGUACAGAUAGGGGUGUAUGACAUGUCAAAGGAGUGUUUUGGUUCUCAAACGUUGAAAAGGGAAUUAUUUUUUCAUGAGGGUCUUGUCAGCCCAUUUCUGGGUUUGGGGAGGGGGUGAAGCAGUGUGGGGUAUUUUGUUGUAGUCCUAUAACUCCCCCUUCUACCCCCCCUGUCUUGAUCUGCGGAAGCCAGGCUGACACAGACAAACAGACAGCACCCUCUCUUUUCCCCAUCAAUGAUUCAUGUCAGGAAAGGCUUUGGUUUGGAGGAGGUUAGCGCUCCAACCUCAAGACACUCACCCAGAUAAGUGUAGGAGAUGAAGAGCCAAGCCACAUGGCUGCAGCUCUCCCAAUCUGACCCUACAGUAUAUCAACAUACUACCCCUGACCCACCACACCAAAAUAACCCACUAGUGGAGCCUUCUCCCUGACAAAGAGCAGGGCAGAGGCCCUGAUAGCCAGAAUAGGCUGUUGAUGUUGUCAUAUCAGUGUGUUAGAGAGGGUUGCCUCCUUUACCCUUACCCCCCAGGCCCCCACCACUCCUCUGGUAAACGUGUCUGAGGAGGUGUCUGAGGAGGUGUCUGCAUCUGCUACGCUACAGGCCCAAAUCCAGGUCACAGAGAGGGUGUGUGUGUGCGUGCGUGCGUGAGGCGGGUGGUCUCCUAAAUCAUGUGUACAGCACUCAGAUCCACUCAAAGCCAUUACUCUUGUCAGGCAGUUUUUUUGGGGGGCAGCCAGCCAGUCACCAGCUAGCACAGACGCAAGCCACCAGCCAAUAGCAGCUGUGUUACCAUGAGGAUACCAGAUGUGAUAUCACUGAUACAACUGUGUGAAUGAAAUGCCGUGGCAUGUCUUAUCAUUGACUUUGUUGUGUUUCCCCACACAAAAACCCUAAGUUGUUACAGCAUUAGCCCCUGAUACAUGAGUCAACCCCUAUUUGCAUAUGUCAACACGUACUCCGAGUGCUAACAACGGUACACAUAGUUAAACAUGUAAAUCAACUCUCACAACCCUUAGCACACAGUUCACGCUAACAUCUUGGCAAACACCAGUGUAACACGAACCCUGACACCAAGUCUUCACACAUUCAAGGCUAAAGAGGAUGCUGAGUUCACUAAUGUCAAAGUCAAUCAGAGGUGAAGACAGGGCAGGGCUGAGAGUGAAGAGAGCGAGAGCCCCAUUGAGAAAUACCACACAAAGACCUUGCUUGGCCGACACACUCUACUGCAAACAAACAGUAGCCCCCAAAAUGGGACAUGGCCCCCAUGUGACCCACUUUUUCCUCAGUGGACCAAUCAGACGAGGCCAAGGGCAGGGCAGACCCCACUUCAGGAGCACCAAUUAGUUAAAAAUUUUGUUGAUUUGUUUUAGAAAAAUUUUUUUGUGUCAUUUAGCAGACGCUCUUAUACAGAGCGACUUACAGGAGCAAUUAGGGUUAAGUGCCUUGCUCAAGGGCACACCGACAGAUUUUUCACCUAGUUGGCUCAGGGAUUAGAACCAGCGACCUUUCGGUUACUGGCACAACGCUCUUAACCACUAAGCUACCUGCCGCCCACCAAGUCACCCGUGUCAGAAGUGUGUGUGUGUUAAUAGGGAAAGCAGCACGUGGCUUAGCUCACCCUCACCUCUCUGUCCUCUGAUUUCCUCAUGUUCAGGGUUCUGCAUUCAAAUAUGUCUUUUUUAUAGCUUAAACAAACAGCCCACAUUUUUUUCCAGGAUGUCUCUGUGUGAACGUCCUGAAAUAGUGUGUCUAAAUCCAGGCAUAGCGGGAAGGCCUGACCUGCUGGCUCUAAGAGGUGAUGAAUCCACUGCUGCACACACACUUAUGAAGCUUAAUCACACCCAUUUAAACAACACACAACGUCAACAGCACUGCUCAGCCCCUCAGCAGCAGGCUUUUAACACUGUCUCUGUGCUCUUCUGGUGUGUGUGUGUGAAUAGUAAACCAAGAAAGAUUUUACCAACUGGGGACAUUUUCUUGGUCCCCACAAGGUCAAAUGCUAUUUCUAGGGGGUUUAGGGUUAAGGUUAGAAUUAGUGUUAGGGUUAGAAUUAGGUUUAGGGUUAGGGUUAGGAGAUAUAGUUAGUUUUAGGGUUAGAGUUAGGAGCUAGGGUUAGGGUUAGGGUUAAGGUUAGGUUUUUGGGUAAAGGUUAGGGUUAGGGUUAGGGUAAGGGUACGGGUUAGGGUUAGGUUUAGGGUUAGUGGUUAGGGAAAAUAGGAUUUUGAAUGGGAAUGAAUUGUAUGUCCCCACAAGGUUAGCUGCGCAAGACUGUGUGUGUGUGUGUGUGUGUGUGUGUGUUACAGUAGGCCAUGUGCAGGUGUGAUCUUGACACUCACUGAAGUACAUGCAAACACAUACAGUACAUACACAACCACAUACAUCGUCACUCACAGAAACACACAAACCCUCACACCCAUAUUCCCACAUAAAGGUUGGGAGUGGUGUGUUCAGAAGGCCAACCCAGUUUUAAUGGAAUGCAUUAAUAACAGAACUCAUAGCUCAUAGACACAAGCUAACAAGCUGUCUACAUUCCUGGUGCACGUGCACACGCACACACACACACAGCCUCUAAGGAACAGAGCAAGAGGUGAGGGGCGGUGAGGAAAGGGGACUAUACAGGCAGUACCAGUCUGAUCCCCGUAGGGUGAGAGUCAGUACCCCUACACCCCUCUCUCCCUCCUUCAGCAUCAAUACCCUUCUUUACAUAUAGCAGCUUCUAGCAAACACUGCAUAUAGUACCUUUCAGCUCCACUCACAUAACUGUCACAGUUCUAUGGACCAGAAAUGCUGCCUACCACUUCAUGUUUUUUUCUCUGCCACCACAGGACACACACACAGACCUUACAGUCAGUUAUUCCGUCUGCUGUCCCUGAAUCAGCCUCACCAGUGGAAGAACUGUGACAUCGCCAUAGCCCAAAUAUGGCACCCCAUGCAGGAAACAGGAGUCACAGCAUCUCUACUGCUUCUUACCUCAAAAUACUCUGCCAACAUGGACAGGGGAAGGUGAGGGGGGUGUUGUAUGCCUGUUUAAACACCAUAUCCCAACACUCCAAUUGAUCAGUGUCGUCUCGGCCCUAGGAAUGCUAGGAUAUGGUGUUUAAAAAAGAGUCUAGGGGCCUUGACUGUUUACAGAGAAUAAAAAUAUCUGCAAGAGGACAGUGUUGUGUUUGUGUUGGGACUGGGAGCCAAACACUGUAUCUUAAUGGCGUUUUACUGGCAUAGCAAGUUGGUUUUCCUCCCAGUCUGGCCUUGGGUCUAAAAAUGCUACAUGAAGUGGCCUGUGUCAAUACCAAUCCAUCCACCUGCACAGGAAUAUAACUCAGCCUUGAUAUCAAUACCGCUGGAUAUAGCAGCAAUUACAUUCGAUUUAACCUUCAAUGCACAAAAUACACACACCAUUUAGUUUAAUGGAUUUAACCUUGACUGGUCUCGUGCCAGCAUUAAGCUUCUUAUAGGACAUUACUGUAAAUGGCUUUUUUCUUCCUCCUUCAGUGAUGAUGCAGAGCCUGCAUGAAUACACACACAAUUUCAGAAACACCUCUCCCCCUGAUGACAGGACCAUGUCUAUGUUCCCUCAGCCCUAUGUUCCCUCAGCCCUAUGUUCCCUCAGUUCUCUCAGCCCUAUGUUCCCUUAGCCCCAUGUUCCCUCAGCCCCAUGUUCCCUCAGCCCCAUGUUCCCUCAGCCCCAUGUUCCCUCAGCCCCAUCAUCCCUCAGCCCAAUGUUCCCUCAGCCCAAUGUUCCCUCAGCCCAAUGUUCCCUCAGCCCCAUGUUCCCUCAGAUCUCUCAGCCCUAUGUUCCCUCAGCCCAAUGUUCCCUCAGCCCCCUUGUUCCCUCAGCCCCAUGUUCCCUUAGCCCCAUGUUCCCUCAGCCCCAUGUUCCCUCAGCCCCCAUGUUCCCUCAGCCCCCAUGUUCCCUCAGCCCCCAUGUUCCCUCAGCCCCCAUGUUCCCUCAGCCCCCAUGUUCCCUCAGCCCCAUGUUUCCUCAGCCCCAUGUUCCCUCAGCCCCAUGUUCCCUCAGCCUCAUGUAGCUCAGUUGGUAGAGCAUGGCGCUUGCAACGCCAGGGUUGUGGGUUUGUUUCCCACGGGGGGACAGUAUGAAACAUUUAUGCACUAACUAACUGUAAGUCGCUCUGGAUAAGAGCAUCUGCUAAAUUACUAAAAUGUCAAUGUUCCCUCAGUUCUAUCUUCUAAACCAGGAGUCAGCAAACCAAAUGAAAGGAAGAACCUUUUUACAAAUUCUCUCAAUAUCUAGUAUUUUUGGAGCUGCACGGAAUCUACCCGUUUGAGAGGGGAAAAAACAGAAAAGAGGGACAUUAUAGACAAAAACGUAUGUGAUUUUUAUAUAUAUAUAUUUUUUUACAUUGAGUAUAUUUUUCACAUCCUUAAUGUACAAAGGUAUUUUGGUGAGUUAAUCCACUGUUGCAUGAAUGAAUAAAUUAGGACAAUCUAUAGAGCCCCACAGUGUAGGUGUCAUAAUACCCAUAAAACCUCACGUUUUUUCCACCAUUCAUUUUUCCCAUAGGGAAUUGUUGUAUGCCUCUUUAAACACCAUAUCCCAACACUCCAAUUGAUCAGUGUCGUCUCGGCCCUAGGAAUGCUAGGAUAUGGUGUUUAAAAAAAGAGUCUAAGGGCCUUGACUGUUUACAGAGAAUAAAAAGACCUGCAAGAGGACAGUGUUGUGUUUGUGUUGGGACUGGGAGCCAAACACUGUAUCUUAAUGGCGUUUUACUGGCAUAGCAAGUUGGUUUUCCUCCCAGUCUGGCCUUGGGUCUAAAAAUGCUACAUGAAGUGGCCUGUGUCAAUACCAAUCCAUCCACCUGCACAGGAAUAUAACUCAGCCUUGAUAUCAAUACCGCUGGAUAUAGCAGCAAUUACAUUCGAUUUAACCUUCAAUGCACAAAAUACACACACCAUUUAGUUUAAUGGAUUUAACCUUGACUGGUCUCGUGCCAGCAUUAAGCUUCUUAUAGGACAUUACUGUAAAUGGCUUUUUUCUUCCUCCUUCAGUGAUGAUGCAGCAGCCUGCAUGAAUACACACACAUGCACACACACAAUUUCAGAAACACCUCUCCCCCUGAUGACAGGACCAUGUCUAUGUUCCCUCAGCCCUAUGUUCCCUCAGCCCUAUGUUCCCUCAGUUCUCUCAGCCCUAUGUUCCCUCAGCCCUAUGUUCCCUCAGUUCUCUCAGCCCUAUGUUCCCUCAGCCCCACGUUCCCUCAGCCACAUGUUCCCUCAGCCACAUGUUCCCUCACUCCCAUGUUCCCUCAGCCCCAUGUUCCCUCAGUUCUCUCAGCCCUAUGUUCCCUCAGCCCCAUGUUCCCUCAGCCCCAUGUUCCCUCAGCCCCAUGUUCCCUCAGCCCCAUGUUCCCUUAGCCCCAUGUUCCCUCAGCCCCAUGUUACCUCAGCCCCCAUGUUACCUCAGCCCCCAUGUUCCCUCAGCCCC